GUAGAAAAGGGAUGUAUAUUCGUGCAUGAUGAAUGCAUUUGAAGAGUUCAGGUUCAAAGAAAAUGGUUCUCUUAGUAUUAUACUCAACUUGCUUGUCUUGAUAUAAAGCAGAUACAUGUAUAUGAAGCACAACUUGAGGCAUCUAAAUUAUAUAUCCAGCCAUCUUGAUUCAGGAAAUGUCUGCCCUGCCUGCCCACAGGUUGGUAUAUACCAUUGUUCUUGCUUGUUCCUUACUUUUUUAGCAUAUAUAAAAUGGAGGGAAAGUAGUUUAUGCUAUGGAUGCUCUCUUUGGUUUGCCACG